CUCCCUCUAUUUGAGAACUUGUCAUGAUCGAAAUUCAUCUCUCUCUCUCUCACUCUCUCUCUCUCUGAGAUGGAACUUGUUUGUUUGUACACUUCUUGUCCAACAUUACAACCACUCCAUCCAUCAUUUAGUAGUAGUACUAUUUGAUUCCUUCCUCCUUUUGUUCUCCUAUUGGCACGUAUACGCAUUACUAGUGUAUGAUGGAUGCACACAAAAUUACCAUGAGUGGAGAAACAAAUACGAAGCAGAAGCAGCAAUUAGGAAUGAGGAGAGACCUCAGAGACAGAAUCUCAGAGAUGGACAAGGCUCCGUCUCCGGCUCCUCCUAUGGAAGAUUGUAUGAGGGAAUGUAUGCGAAAAUUGGGUCUAUGGUACACUCGUACCUUCAAGCCCUUCAUGACUCACGAAGAACUUGAACCUAUCAUGGCCUCUCUUGGCUUCGUACCCCUUCCCUCCUAUAUUGACUCAUCCCUCAACGGAGCCGGAGCCGUCUGGAGGGACUAUGCCUAUUCUGCCUAUUAUUCUCCACGAGGAGGAGGAGAGUGGCGGCGUUCCAUUACUGAUUUUCCUGAACAACAACGCCCACCACCAAGACCCCGCCUUCCCUACCCCAGGAUCGACGGCCUCCACAUCUACACCUACACCGCUUUCUUGGAUGCCCUCAACUUCUACCUCCGCAUGACCGACAUCUCUGAUCUCUUUCACAUUCGGGGGAUGCCACUCCACAAAGUACAUGACAGGAGCAAGUUGUGGCGUCGUAUGGAAGAAGAUGAUAGUGUGUUUGUUUAUAGAGAGGGGACGCUGGAUCAAGUGGCAUACGCUUCUGAUCACAAGAACAAGAAUGACUUGACCACUGUCAGCAAAGGGUGCAAUUCGAUGCUUAUCCGGAGUUAGGGCACUAGCUCACCCACAUGCUGCAUUGUUCCGUUGAAAGAUAUCAUAGUGUAAUCAUCAUCGUAAUUGGAACAGGUUUAACUCUGUUACAAUGGCGCCUAAAUAACCUCACUAGAUAUACAUGCAUAUGCCCCUAUUUUCGGUGACAGUUUUGUAAUAGUGGAAGGACUUCAUUGUUUCUGAUACAUCACAUUCCAAUUUCUUCCCGAUAUCUUCCAAGAAAAAGUUGGAAAUGGAUCCUAAAGUUUAAACAUAAAGCUCAAUAUGGAACCCGCUAGAUCAAACUGGAAGACCUAUCUGCCAAGCAGUCACAAAACUUGACUACAUCACUUGAUUGGCUUGCUUGUGACUAUUUUUUUUUAUCAGAAACAUAUGCCCGCAGGCUUGCUUGUGACUAUUUUACUUCAAUAUUGUCUUGAAACAGAGAUCUGGACGGCUAUCCAAUCAACAGUAAAUAUGUGGUGGAC